CUCAAUUUACGAUUCAUUUCAUCAAGCCUUGACUGACAUAUGUUCUUCUGAAAAGAGAAAGUACAUCUUCUCUUCCACCAUGGGUGUUGAAACCUCCGCCUACCAUGGCGAGUCCAUCAGCCCGGCUGUUGCAUCCCAACAGCCUCAGUAUUCCAGCCAGGAGAGCAUUGGCAACUCUAAACCUCCAGAGCUAGGCGUGGACACCCCGAUCCCCCGAGUUAGCCUUCGUGCGGCGGCCAUGGCAUUGUUCGUUUCGAUAGGUGGACUUCUCUUUGGUUAUGAUACCGGCCAGAUUUCCGGCUUCCAACAAAUGUCAAACUAUCUCGAGCGGUACGGCGAACUGGGUGCCGAUGGGUCAUACUAUUUCAGCAAUGUCCGUGCUGGGUUGAUCGUUAGUCUUCUCUCUAUUGGAACUCUCAUUGGAGCCCUGGCUGGUGCCCCUAUCGCCGACAGACUGGGCCGGAAAUGGUCCAUCACCCUCUGGUGCAUGAUCCUGAAUGUCGGGUUGAUCGUCCAGAUCACUUCGCCUUCCGGUAACUGGGUCCAGGUCGUGAUGGGUCGUUGGACGACCGGUCUUGGUGUUGGUGGCUGCUCCUUGCUGGUCCCCAUGUACCAAGGGGAGAGUGCUCCCCGUCACAUCCGUGGUACCAUGAUUAGUUGCUACCAGCUGUUCAUGACUCUGGGGAUCUUCCUGGCCUACUGUAUUAAUCUGGGAACCAACCACCUCGACGGCACCGCCCAGUGGCGGAUCACUCUCGGACUUACUUUCCUCUUUGCCCUUUUGUUGGGAGGUGGCAUGGCCAUGUUCCCCGAAAGUCCUCGGUUUGAUUACCGACAGGGCCGGGUGGACCAUGCCCGUCAUACCAUGUCCCGCCUGUAUGGUGUUCCCGAGAACCAUCGUGUCAUCAUUCAGGAACUCGCCGAUAUUCAGGCUCAGUUGGAUGCCGAGUCUGGGGAGCAGGCGUGGCACGAGUUCCUCACUGCGCCACGCAUGUUCUACCGGAUUAUCCUGGGAAUGACUCUUCAGUCUCUGCAGCAGCUUACCGGGGCCAAUUACUUCUUCUACUACGGCACCACCAUCUUCCGAGGCGCCGGUAUCUCCAACAGCUUCGUGACGCAGCUUAUCCUGGGUGCUGUCAACUUCGGAAGUACCUUUGGCGGUCUCUAUAUUGUUGAGAACUUUGGUCGUCGCAAGAGUCUCAUCACAGGCGCCACCUGCAUGUUCAUCUGCUUCAUGAUCUUUGCCUCGAUUGGCCAUUUCAUGCUGGAUGUCGAGAAUCCCGAAAACACCCCGGGACCAGGAAAAGGAAUGGUGGUUGUCGCCUGCUUCUUCAUUCUAUGUAAGUCAUUCCUCGCAUCUUUAAGCCCCCCUUGUAUCAACGAUACUCUUCAUCCCAACACACCAAAAAUAUACCAAUUCGUUCCCUCUCGCGGACGCUGAUUUUCUCUUUAAAACAAAAAGUCUUCGCGACGACCUGGGGACCGCAAAUCUGGACCUUGGUCGCCGAAUUAUACCCUUCCAAGUACCGUGCAAAGGGCAUGGCCCUGGCCACAGCCUCGAACUGGCUGUGGAACUUCUUGAUCGGAUUCUUCACUCCGUUCAUCACGGGCGACAUCGACUUUGCAUACGGAUACGUCUUCGCCGGCUGUCUGGUGGUUGGCGGCUUGGUCGUUUACUUUUUCGUCAUCGAGGGCCAGGGCAGGACCCUGGAGCAGCUCGACUGGAUGUAUGUCAACAACGUUGCUCCCUGGAAGAGCAGCGAUUUCGAGAUCCCCACCAUCCACUCCUACGAGGACGAGUUCCGUAAUACUCGCAAGGAGUCGGCGUACCAUGCGGAGAAUGCAUAGAUUGUGUGUAUCACUUUCCGGUAUAGGUAUAGGAACAUCACUUCAUCGCUGUACAUAUAUGACAUGAGUUA